UUAAAUAAAGGUUUCGAAUUCAAACAGCAUGGCGGCGCCUCAGUUUAACAAGGUAGAGGGAAACGUUUGAUGAAACACUCUUUUAGCUUCAAAAGUCACACAAGCCAUGGCGACUUCUGUAAAGCCAGCCACUAAGAAAAAGCGAAUCCAAGCAAAGACCUCCUUCAACUCACCCUUCACCUCACAGUGGAGCCAACUUCCCCAAGAAGAUAUGCAUUUUAUCCUGAAAACGUUAACGGACAAAAUGAUUUCAACAGGUCUGGAGAAAAAAGAGGUGAAAGUGUUUCGAUCAUGGGGGAAAAGGAAGGAAGAGAAACCUCCUUCAACAGCUGAAUCUUUGAGCCAGGAGACUCAGGGGGGUGAGCUCUCCACAAACGGCUGGACGGAUGUUGCAGCAAGACGGCAGCUGGCCAUCGGCAUCAACGAGGUCACUAAAGCUCUGGAGAAGAAUGAGCUCCACCUGCUGCUCGUGUGCAAAUCUGCCAGACCAAACCACAUGACUAAUCACCUGAUCGCUUUGAGUGCUACACGAGCUGUGCCGGCCUGUCAGGUGCCACGCCUGAGCCAGAGUCUGUCAGAGCCACUGGGCCUGAAAAGUGUCCUCGCACUGGGAUUCAGGCGAUGCUCCUCUAUAGACCAAGAGAUGUUCACUGACACUAUUGAUGCAAUCAAACCAAGAGUUCCUCCGCUGGAUGUUGCAUGGUUACAAGAGGCAGCGCCUAAAGUCCCACCUGAAGUUCUUGUUGGCAUGGAAGAGGAGGAGGAGGAGGAGGAGGAGAAGAUGGAAAGAGGUCAAAAAAGAAAACUAGAGGUGGAAUCUGAGAUUCCGGAGGUUCCCUCUUCCUGCACACUGCAGCCUCUUAAAGUGAAGAGAAUUGUUGCAAACCCUUCAAAGAAAAGAAAAACCAAACCCGAGAAAAAAUCUGUCAAAUAAAACAGACACUGGAAAAUAGAGGAAAACCCCCUUUUUUUUCAGAUAGUUUUGGAUUCCUGUUUUGUUUUUAUUUUCAUUUUUAGUUUCUAAAGUGUUAAAUUCAAAGAGUAACCACAGCGAAGUUUCAUCAUAGACAGGACAGUUUUAAUUACUGAAUCCAGCUCACUGUUUAGUUUUUGCGGACAGUUUUAUUUCCUUCAUUGAACGAACACACUUGUUAGUAUAAUUCACUCAUAUUGUCUAUGAACCAGAAUGCUGUUAAUAAUAUAUAUUUAUAACACAUGGGUCAAAUAUAAAUGCUUUUGUUUGUUGCAUAGAAAGGAUAUAAAUAACAAAAAAACAAGGAGUUGAUGAUAAGGAGUAGUAUUUUAUAAAUGUACUUUUAAUACUGUUUUUAUCGCUUUCAAGGUAAAAUACUGAAAAAUCUAAAAUGCUGGGAAAAACAAUACAGUAGUAGCUUCAUUUGGAAAUUUUACUUUACAAAAGAAGUCUACAGUGCAGUUAUUUAAAUUUGUGAAAGGUGGGGAAAACCUAACAUGUAUUAUAGAUGCACAUUAUUUACACUCUGAAAAGUAAUGUGAUUAAAAAAAUGCUUUUCAUUUUAAUUCAAGACUCGCCUAAUACUGCCACGAACAAUAUCCCUUUAUUACUUCUACAUUAUAAUCAUAAAAGUAUUAAUUGAUGUUCUAUCAAACUAGCACAAUCUGGGAUUAGCAGACCAAUUAAAGAUGCGUAAUUUCUUCCUAAAGCAAAAUCUUCACUUUUAACUGUCAUCCUAACUGAAUUUCCUCAUUUCAAGUUGAUCAUACUUAUAAAAAAAAAUACUAUUAGCAUCUUUUUUACAGUUUGAAAGCAAAUGUCAAUGGUUUGCCUUGAAAUGCAAAAGAAAUGAUGCAAAGAUUACUCACAUUCUCCUUUCAAAUGAGUUUAUUCAACCAGAUUAUCAGGUAUCCAUGCUGGUAUAGCGGAUGUGUUGAAAUGGAUUGUUUUGCAUGGGUUCACGUUUGAAUGAGGCUGGUACGAGUUCUUCAGUUUUAAUCACAGCUUAUAAGGGCUUUUAAUAAAAAUACUGUUGUUCAGUUAAGAUGUCUGUCAGAUCAAAAACUCGCUCCUUCAUCCCAGCUGCAAAAGAAAAACAAAUACUUCAAAGUAAGGCGGAUAUUUGGGGUCAAAGUCCCUCAUACGUUUGACUGCUAAAGCGAUUGCUGAAAUUAAUUUUGUAGCAAAACGCACAUGCUCAAGAGUUCAUUCAAACAGCUGCAGAAAAAACAUCUUACAAAUAAUGCCAGCAUCAUUCUUCUCAUCUGACUUCAGUGUCAACAUUUUUGGCAAAAAAAAACAUUUCAAUUCUGAAGCAAAAAACAAGUUUGUACUUUAAAUUGUAAAGGGAUAUAAAUAAAACUAUGUAAAUACAAACAAAACAGCAGCCUUCAGUUCUGCAGAGCCACAGUAACAGAAACACUAAGCCAGCAAACAUGUUUGAGAACAGCUUUAGUAAACUGCUAGCUCCACCUUAGAACAAGUGGUGGAACAAAACAUAGUGAAGUCAAGGAACAUCCUGUUGAUUCAAGCACAAACGGCAAGAGCCCUCAAGUCGCUCUGGAAGCUUAAAAAGUCCAAUUUUAGACUGACAGAAAUAUGUCUCAAUAUAUUUUGAAAUCUACAAUUACAAAUAUAGCGACUUUCACACAUUUAGCUAAAAAAAAAAAGUACCUUUUUUUU